AAAGCGUUGGCUGCUGAUAGAUGAGGCGCGUCACCAGCUCGCUGUGAUUGGAGGGAACAUGGGAUGCUGUGUGCUCGUACAGCAAGCCCCCAUUCUCAAAUGAGAGUGCGCGUCUCCGUCUAGAGAAGGCGUGCGCGCGCUUGAGGGGCUGCGGUCCCAUUGACUAUUCCGUCUCCCUGACAGCGGCAGCAUCAGCACCGCGGACUCGGAAAACAGAGCGCCGCACGGACUCCGCCUUUGCUCCCAUCAUCCCACCAAGAGUCCGAGCGCCGAGUCAGGUUCAUCUCUAGCCGGAGACCAGAGGCAGGACCCUCGUCGACUGACAUAUCCUCUGGAUCAGAUAUGGACUACCCUUAACUGGAACUGGAGGGGAGAGGCAGGCAGGCGGGCGGGGGGUGGGGGGGAGACAGAGAGGAGAAAAAGCCGUAUAGGAAGAGAAGCACAACCGUGGGUGCCCGCAACGAUGAAAGGUUCGCCACGCUUGCGAGAACCGCAGAUAAGCCAUCGGACUAUGUCCUGAAAAGCGGUUUACAUAGCUGGGAUUUUGUACCGAUCAUACGAGUCGCCAAGCAGGGGUAAAAUAUGUCCGCCUCGGUGGGGCCCCGCGGCGGCCCUCGCCCACCCACCGCGCAAAGCUCUCUACCCGAGCUCCCGGACCUCAGUCACCUCACCGAGGAGGAGAGGAAAAUUAUCAUGGCUGUGAUGAUUCGGCAGAAGGAAGAAGAGGAGAAGGAUGAGGCCAUGUUAAAAGAGGAGAAGCCCAUACAAGCAAAAACUGUAAACUUGGUCGGGAACAAGAAACCCCCUCAGCAGAAUGACAUCAGCUUGCACCAGCAGUUUGCCACCUACAAAGAGCAGGUGAGACGGACUGGCCAGGAGCCCCAGCAGAGGCAGCAGGGCCAACACAAAGAUGACGCCCCCACCUGUGGCAUCUGCCACAAGACCAAGUUUGCUGAUGGCUGCGGCAACCUGUGCUCCUACUGCCAGACUAAGUUCUGCGCCCGGUGCGGUGGACGGGUCUCUCUGCGUUCCAAUAAUAAGGAAGACAAAGUGGUAAUGUGGGUAUGUAACAAGUGCCGUAGGCAACAGGACAUGCUCACUAAAUCAGGAGAAUGGUUUCCAGGCCAAGGGCCCAAGUCUGCAGAGCUGGGGUCAGCAUUGAGUGAGCCGGCCAUGUGUGGAGACCCCUCUGGUGAGAAGAAGUUGCGCUCUCGGUCUCAAAACCCUCUCGGCUCCUCCGUUUCCACUGCCCAUGACACCCAGUCACCUGCCCCGACUAACCCCAGUAAAGGCCUCUCUACUGGAAUAGCUGAUGCGCUGUCAUCCCGCUCACGAAGUGAGCCUCCGCAAGACAGAAAAAAGCCACCAGCAGCCUCCGACCAAAAUGGCAAACCAGGCCCAAGAGGUGAAAGGCGGCGAGGCGUAUCCAAAGUCCAAUCCCAGGCUUCCGAAGAUAGGCAGUCUGGAGAAAAUCGAAGGGAAAGUCGAAGACUGGUGAAGGCUCGAUCUCAGGAGCACGGCGAUGCUGACAAGGGAAGGGUUGUGCUCAGGAGAGCCGAGGGGGAACCAAGAACACCCAGGGAAAAAUGCAGGAGUGAUCCAAAUGCCCUACAUCAUCCAUCCAAGCUUCAACCAACGGAGCCUGAUGGACGUCCGCAGCCCAAGCCAAGGGAAGCAGGGCAGAUGGGACAGGAGAACAGGGUUGCACGAAAAUGGGCGGAUGGGCGACAGGCCUCUUUGGAUGGUCAACAACAGGCCUAUAUGCCAGAGAGGACCGUGGGGGGUACAGGUAUCCAGGGCAGGCCUGCCGUGCAGGGUCCUCCCUCUAAAAUGAACCACACCCCACAGCCACCCGCUCCGGGGUUCCGGGUGGGCCCCGCCAUGCCUGUUGGCCCACCUGAGCUCAGGGAGCCCCAGGAAAGGGACAGAAAGUUGCAGCAGAGCCACCUGGACCCCGGCUCGGCUGGACUGUUGCGCAAAUCGAAGCGUCAAAAAACGGAGAGCAUGCUCCGCAAUGAUUCACUUAGCUCCGACCAAUCAGAGUCUUUACGACCACCCCCGCCCCGGCCCUACAAGAGCAAACGGGGUGGCGGGAACAAGAGGCAGAUGUCCGUCAGCAGCUCAGAAGAAGAAGGCGGUUCGACACCGGAGUACACUAGCUGUGAGGAUGUAGAGAUUGAGAGCGUAAGCGAGCGAGGGGGGUCAGGGGACUGGGAGUGCUGUCCACUAGACCCCACUGCAUGGCAUCCACCAGUUACAUGGCAGCCCUCCAAAGAAGGUGAUCAUUUAAUUGGCCGAAUCACAUUGAGUAAAAAAGGAGCCAUGCCAAAAGAGGCCGGGGCUCUACUUGGGCUAAAGGUGGUGGGAGGGAAGAUUACAGAAACCGGCAGACUUGGGGCCUUCAUCACCAUAGUCAAGAAAGGAAGUCUAGCUGAUGUGGUUGGACAUCUACGAGCAGGUGAUGAGGUGCUUCAGUGGAAUGGUAAAUCAUUACCAGGGUUAACCAAGAAGGAAGUUUACAAUAUUAUUCUGGAUUCCCAAACAGCAACACAAGUUGAAUUAAUAGUUUCAAGGCCAAUAGGUGAUAUACCACGAAUACCAGAAACAUCACAUCCUCCAUUAGAAUCCACGGGUUCAAGUUCCUUCGAAUCACAGAAGAUGGAAAGACCAUCUAUAUCUGUCCUGUCCCCAUCCAGCCCAAGUGGUCUUAGAGAUGCCCCUCAGCUUCUGCCUGGUCAGCUGUCGGUGAAGAUGUGGUAUGAUAAGGUAGGACAUCAGCUGAUAGUGAAUGUACUACAGGCCAUAGACCUGCCGCCCAGACAGGAUGGACGUCACAGAAACCCCUAUGUCAAAAUGUACUUCCUGCCCGAUAGAAGUGAUAAAAGCAAAAGACGGACGAAGACAGUUAAGAAGAGUCUAGAGCCCAAGUGGAACCAGACGUUUGUGUAUUCUUACGUGCACCGGCGGGAUUUCAGGGAGCACAUGCUAGAGAUUACUGUGUGGGACCAACCCAGAAUCCAAGAGGAGGAGAGUGACUUCCUGGGAGAAAUCCUGAUUGAGCUGGAGACUGCCCUACUGGAUGAUAAACCUCACUGGUACAAACUGCAGACCCAUGAUGUCUCCUCCAUUCCUCUACCACACCCAUCGCCAUACCUGCCCCGACGACACACCCACAAUGACACGCCGACCAAAAAGCUGCAACGCUCGCAGCGUAUUACAGAAACAGAUUAUGAUGAUGCUAUUGGCAUAGUCGCCACAGCUGUAGAAAACCGAUCAAGAGAAAGAGAGAGAGGUCGAACAACAACUUUAGAGGUUCCUGAUCAGCAGAGGCCAACUCAGUAUCGCUCGCGGUCAGUGUCCCCACACAGAGAAGAAGAAAGCAGGGCUCGGUCCCGUCCACCCAAUGUUCCUGCACAGAGGAGUCUGGAUGAGGUCCCGCACAACCGUAGAUCACGUUCCCCAACACGUUACCAUGACCGUACCCGUGUGAAGGAGAGAGAUUAUGUAGACGACAGUGAGGUCAUCUUGAUACACAGAUCAGUGCGGGGUAGAAGCGCAGAGUGUCUGCACAACCAAAGACGUUCAUCUAAUUAUAGUAGCACUCUUCCACCUAAGAUGCCUUUAUUAGUCAAUGGAAUUCACAAGGAUAUUUACAGCUCAACACUUCCUGCAUGCCUUAAGUCAAAGUCACGGCUGUCUGUAGUCACUGCUACUCAACGUGCAGUCAAACGCCAAGUUUGUAGGUUCACAGACGAGAUCAACUUUAGUGAUCUACAGCCCUCUCUUGGCAGGGUUAGAAGUGCUAGUACCAACUGUCUGAGACCAGAAUCUAAUUCCAGUUCUCCUGAACGAGACAGGAGCACCCAGUCUCUGCCCCGUACCAGACCCACAAGCCCCAGGAUCCUAAUUCAGCAUGCCUCCCCAGAAGAUGACAGCUGGGUUUUGGAGGCUAUGUUUCCCGCUCAGGAGACUAUGCACCACCUCAGUGCAAAGCCAGACGCACAGAGGCAGUCGAGAACUCUGGACAAGCCGAGCUGUCAGAAACUUGGCAGGAAAAUGUCUGACAGUGAGCGGGUGCAACCCCACUCCGGCCCCUCAUUUUCCUCUUCAACAGCGGCCCCUUCUUCGACACGCAAGGUCAGACAGUUACCCCAAGUCCCCGCCAAAAGCAGCAGUGUAGAGCAAGCUCUUGCCUCAGAGGAGCGAACGCGGCUAAUGAAAGUACGUACCUUCCGAUCAUCAGCUCCCUCCAGUACCAGCCAGGACAUGGAGAGGACGCUGAAGAAUAAACGAGAGCUUUAUAAGGAGCAGCGACGGAGCUGUGACAAUGUGUCCCAUAAGUCCUCAGACAGUGAUGUCAGCGACGUGUCAGCCAUCUCUCGCGCCAGCAGUGCCUCGCGGAUCAGUAGCACCAGCUACAUGUCCAUUCAAUCAGAACAGCCAAUAGGUCGCUUCAGCCGCCACAUGCGUUCGUCCAACCGCAGCAUGCUGAAGAGUGCAAGUGGGGAGAUCUACACACUGGAGCGUACGGACGGCAGUCAGUCAGACACUGCUGUCGGGACACUGGGAGCAGGAGGAAAAAAGCGCAGAUCCAGCCUUAGUGCCCGCGUCGUAGCCAUUGUGGGCAUUCCCUCUCGCCGCUGCAGGAGCACCUCUCAGCUCAGUCAGACAGAAGCAGCCAAUAAGAAGGCAAAGGGAUCCAGUCAGAUCCAGCGCAGUCAGGAGACGGGUAUGGCAGUGGAGUAUCCCCGCAAUGUCAUGGCCCGCCAGGCCAGCCGAGAGUCCACCGACGGCAGCAUGAACAGUUACAGCUCUGAGGGCAAUCUGAUCUUCUCAGGGAUGAGGUUGGGAGCUGACAGCCAGUUCAGUGACUUCCUAGAUGGUCUUGGUCCUGCUCAGUUGGUGGGACGGCAAACACUGGCCGCGCCUGCUAUGGGAGAUGUUCAGAUUGGACUAAUAAAUAAGAAAGGACAGCUGGAGGUAGAGGUUAUCAGGGCUCGUGGUCUUACACCUAAACCAGGUUCCAAAUCGCUGCCGGCUCCCUAUGUCAAGGUCUAUUUGCUGGAAAACGGAGUGUGCAAAGCCAAAAAGAAAACCAAGAUUGCACGAAAAACGCUUGAUCCUCUGUAUCAACAAGUGCUGUUGUUUGAGGAGAGUCCACAGGGUAAAGUCCUCCAGGUAAUAGUCUGGGGAGAUUAUGGGCGCAUGGACCACAAAUGUUUCAUGGGAGUUGUACAGAUUCUUUUAGAGGAGCUGGAUCUUUCUAGCACAGUGAUCGGUUGGUACAAACUCUUUCCCCCCUCAUCAUUGGUCGAUCCGACGUUAGCUCCUCUCACUCGCCGCGCUUCCCAGUCAUCGCUGGACUUUUCAGGGCCGCCGGGCAUCAGGUCCUAGUACAUGGACAAGGGCGCAACGCUGAACACGACCCAGUGGACCAAGGACUCGAGGCAACAAUCAGAACCAGAGCGGCAGAUAAAGAGACAGAUGGAUAGAAAUCAUGAUCAAAGCUUUGCUGAAGCUUGACAAUCACUUCUCUCUUUUACUUUUGAUCUUUGGGUUGUAGAGAUUUCCUUUGAUCCACUCUGCUCCUUACUGCAUGUUUUGUUGCCGAGAUGAUGGUGAGGAUUCCACCCGAAUGAAAGAGAGAGGCAGCUGAAACGUAAUCCGCUUCUUUUGAGAGAGAAUGGAGACAACUGCGGUGCUGAUAGCUUAGUUCGCUCUGGUCAGUCAGCACGUUCGUUUUCUAACCAUGAACCGAGUGUACAGUACGUAGAAAUUGAGAUUAGGUGAGAGAGAACCCCUGUUGGAAAAAAACCUCAGCCGAAGGUGGUUUGCUGGUCUGCUUGUUAAAGCAAGACUCACUGCCUGGCCAAGCUGGGUCUAGCUGGUCUCAACUGGUUUAACUGGGCAGCUUAGUCUCUGAAAGGUGCCCAGAAUCCCUCUAAACCCGCCAACGGACCAGACCGACUGACUUAGGGAUAAGGCCAGCAAACCAGCUGGUUUAAGAUGUUUUUUAUAGCAGGGACAGCACUGCCCCUCCUCUAUAUUGCACUUACAGGAAGUCACUCUACUGAGAGAGACCAAAAGUCAAGGUUUAAUGGUUAAGAAAUAAGUCUUCUCAGAGAGUUAUCUCUCGACAUCAUGGAUGCUGCGUCCGAGAUCCCACCUUGAACUCCGACUCAGAUUGCGUGAGUGUGUGUGAACGUGUGUGCGUGUUUGUGUCUACGAAGGCAGGGACGCCUGAAACCUUUUAAGUCUGUUUACAGCAGUCGCCACUGACUGCUUUGCCUUUUCACUUUACAGUUGGUAAAUAGGCACACUUUGUAGAAUGUGAAAACAUGAUUCAUGUUUUCUGACAUUUGUGCUAUACGAGCUUCACGGAAACCACGAAACCACUUGUAUUUGAGCACUGGAACUGUAAGAAGCUGCCAGUAUAAUUUCGUUUCUUUUCGAUCCGAAUAGCUCACUAAUAGUUUUGAUUUCCUGGAGUUAUCACAAAACAUAUAUUACUGGCAUUCGAAUGCAUUUUUAUCCUAUUCAGUUUGGUAAAGGACCUGUACAUAGCCGAUAUUAGAAUUUCUACCCGAUUAGAGUUUACAUUAUUUUAAUGCAAGCACAACUGCUUGAUUUAUGAACAACGACAAAAAAGGUUGAAGCUUCUGGGUAAAAAAUAAACAACUACAACAAACAAACAAACAGAAGAGGCCAAAUUAUCUCAAGCUUCCUAUUUUUAGCUGUUUGUCAUUGUUUUGAGUUUAGUUUAUAAUGAAACCAAUCUCACAGAUCCCCCUGAGCAUUUGAAUGAAUGUGACAGUGGGUGUGAGGUGGUCUCAAAAGAUCACCGCUCGUCACCGAUAAGGGGAACAGCAUGAAUCUGGAACUGUUCCAAGUUGCAUGCACAUUUUGUAAAACAAGACAGAUGAGAAAAAAGAGACUACAAUAAGUGUGUGUUAGUUCCACAAACUGUAGGCCAGCUUGUAUGUUGCAUGUACUUGUACAGUUUGCUUGUACUUGAUAUUAAUAGAUUAUCAAAUAAAAUGAAGCCAUUCAUUCCAUGUGUGGGCAUUUGGCCAGGUUCAGCCAUACACACAGGCCUUAUUUCGGGGCUGAAUGUCUAUAAGAAGUUUUUGAAUUGUUUUAUUCUUAUUAUUUACCCAAUGGAUAAAUAAGUGCUGUACUGUAGUACUGAACAAACACAAGGCCCUAUUUUAUUGAAGAUGUUGGUGUUCACUGUAGUCUGUACUACUGUGGGGCUGAAACUAAGGUAGAUAACGUGUAUAAAAUUAGAGCUAUCUGUAUAUGGAAUAUAAUUAUACGAAAUCACAAUGACUUAGAGAUAUAUUGAUAUUGAGAAAAAAAGAGUGUAUCAAGUUAACAUCACUUACGUUACGUACAUGCAUAUAUUGUAAAUAUGAGUCUGCAGAUAAGUUUACUUAUAUUUACAAAGCGGCCCUAUUCGAAGUUAAUGGAUCAGUGAUCUGUCUCUUGGUUCUGCUGAGCGGAAAAAGGGAUGCCUCCAAAGUUUUAUUUUUAUUCAGUCGAUUACGCCCAAACUCACGGACAACAACAACAACAACUUUUGACCUCUACUGACCUGUUGCUUUAUCAUAAAUGCUCAUGUAUCCUUGUUUCAAUGAGAAGUUUACUUUAUAUGCCUCUUAUGGCAGACUUAUUUACUUUGUCAGUAUUAUUCAAGAUACUGAUUGUUUACAGUUCAUGUGUUCCACUAAUACUAAAUUGAAAGUAUUCACUGCAACAUUUCUUUGUACAGCAGACGUGGCUCAAAUAAUGUGUAUGUUUUAUAUUCAAGAGUUCAUUUUUAUUAUUUACAAAUAAAAGACUGUGUGGAAGAAAAA